CAAAAAGUGACAUUUUCAAAUAAAAAUGUUUAUUUGGUAAUUUAAAAGUUGAACGUGUGGAGAAGAUUUAAGAAUGGCUCAACAACCACAACGAGUCUUACCCCAGAGUAAAGAUGCCCUACUCCAGUCAUAUAAAAAACAUCUGACAGACGACAUACAGUCUAUGUUACGUAACUUUACUGACAUUAUGAGAAUCGCUAGAGUGGAAGAAGAAUCUCAGAUUAGUCGACCAACUCAAUCAGAACAAAAUCAAUAUGAGAUGCAAGUUCGUGCUGCUAAUAUAGUCCGAGCUGGAGAAUCGUUAAUGAAAUUAACCUCAGAUAUCAAACAAUUUUUAAUUUUAAACGACUUUCCAUCAGUGAAUGAGUCUAUCACUCAGAACAGUCAGUUAUAUAAACAUUUACAAGCCGAGGUAGACAGUAAUCUUAUGUCUUUACGUGAUGAAAUGGCAGCAGAUUUAUUUGAAUUAGAAGAAGAAUAUUAUUCAUCAUUAUAUAAGUAAAAUUUAAAUAAAGUGUGUGUUUUUUCUC